UAGGAAAAAAAAUCAUUACAGUACCAGAUUUAUUUUACAGUUUUCAUCUAGAACAUAAGCCUGAUUACCCCCAGCCUUGUGACAUCUCCGACAAUCCAACAACACUUAUUGCAACAGAGGGAGAAACCCUGACCAUCACAUCGUGUGUCUACGUCAACGUAUCCAACAACAGCCAACUGUAUCUCAAUGUAAACGGGACUAAAUACAACAAUAGCCAACUGUACCUCACUUUUAACGGGACCAAAUACAACAAUAGUUGUGACGGCAAACUGUGUGUGAACUGGACAAAGGAUGAAACUGUAAAGCUGAGAUACAACAUUUACAUUCUAAUAUACAACUUCAGUCAUCAGGAUGUUGGUCAGUUAUCUGUAACAGUUGCGACAACGAACUCAAACUACACAUAUGACCUUACAUACAUGAUAUUUAUUUCAACAAUUAUUCAUGAAGAUUUGGACAACAACAGCUACACAACUGUAACGACAACAAAAUCUCAAAACUUACCUUCACCAAUAGAUGCAAAGCUUCAUACAGAUCUCAAGCCUAUGGUGAUAGUUUUGUCGACGUUGUUUUCAGUGAUCAUACUUUCUAUUAUUUGUUUCAUUAUAUUUAUCAAGGCACACAAAAUAAGAAAAUUGUGCCUAUAUUCAAGGAAAUCGGCGAAGACGCGUGACUCCAACUUAAUACAUGAAAACGUUUAUAUGAAUUUAUUAAAUACACAAAGUGAUACAUUUACAAAUCAAGACUUAGACCCAAUCACUAUAACAACAAGUGACUCUACAGGACAAAAAGAAGUCAAAUAUUUGGAAAACGGCCGCUUUAUUUCUGCUGAAGGUCUGACUUACAUCACGGUUGACUUCAACAAAACAUCCGCGCGACCAAAGACUAAGCGGAGCAGACGUAGGGAAGCCGUGACAUACGCUGAGCUCACAAUCAACACCCCACACAAGCCACAGGUCAGUGUGGAAGAUGUGUAUGUGAACCUGAAGCCCGAGGACCUGUAUGUAAACUUGCAGGCUGAGCCCAGGCAACAGACGAAAAAUAAGAAAAGAAAAUGGAAGUUUUUCAGAGUUAAUUAACUGUCAGCUUAUUUGUUUUAAUUUUUUU